AUGGACAAAUCCAUAGAGAAUAUAACUAAGGAUAUGUCCGAGUUGACGGUUCUUUCCUUUCGGAAGUUGGAUGAGGUUAAAAAGUUAGCUAAACACUUCCAGAAUGUUAUUAACCAUCCGUUGACUCAAGGGAAUCCCGUGGUGCUUCGUUAUUUGAAGAAUUUAGACGAGAUGCAUAAGAGUAUUUUCUUGAAGAAACGCGAGGGUGUAGAGGUAGAGUAUAUAUUUACAACGGAGAAAAAGAGUAGUUUGCAAAGGCAACGCUUUAACAGUCUUCCAGUCAGUGAAGUGCCUGAGAUUUUGAAAGCUGAAUUUCUAACUAUUGACAACGCAAAGCAAGUGCAUAUUUGUACAGACUGCAAUGUAGAAAUAGAGCUAUGCGACGACAUGCCUCUCAUGGAAUCUUUGCAAAAGCAUUUUAAUUUAGAAGCGCAUUUACCGAAGCUGAAACGCGAGAGCAUUGACGUGGCUGAACCAAUCGUACUUCCCAAGAUGUCGCGACGACUUUCAGCAAUGGAGGGUGGCGACAACCAAAACAUGGAACAAAUAAUCCAAAUGAUGAAGCCCAUGGAGAAAUUGGAACGUUCUUUCUCCGCUAAAUUAGAAGCGACAUUAAUCAGAGUAUUGCCUGAUAACUGCGAAGGCAGUAUUGAUGCGGCGAUAAAGUUCUAUCAGGAGGCUUUUGAUAAACUGUGCAAGGAUAUUUCCUUAAUAGACUUCUCCGCGCAAACGAGCUCCGUAGCACCAAUCAUAAUGAGCAUCAGGGACAACGUGAAUCAGAAUUUUGCCGUGGACGCAAAUAAGAACUUUGACAAUGAAGAAAAUGACCAGGCUCCGGAGAAACCAGUGAAGAAUCAGAUAAAAAAAUAUCGCUAUUAUGGCCCAAUAGAGAAUAUCAUUGCUAAAUUACUCUUGAAUCAUAAACUACUGACAUUGGUUGAUGAUCGAACAGGAAAGUUGGCUUUCUUUUGCAUGGCGUGUGAGUACUACACGUUGAGGUUUCGCUAUGAUAGUGUUCUAAAUCAUGUUUUUAGUGAAACUCAUAUCCACAAUCUCACAUGUAUCUUGCAGGCAGACAAGAACAUACCCUUCUCGAUGGGUGCUGCGACCAUGGAUAAAAUUAAAGAGAUGAACAGAGAUUUCCUUCGCAGCCAUUAUGUUACAGAGGAUAGCAAUGGUUUGAAUUGUGGCCUUUGCAAGACAUCCCUCGAUAGUGAAACAACAAUUAUGCAUAUCCUAGAUGAGAAUCACCUUGGUAAGCUGUCUGAUAAGUUCUAUCGGAAAAUGAAAGCUAAUAAUCCAGACGGUGCGGUCCCGGACGAGUGGGGACCUAAAUCGCUCGACUGGACCAAGUUCCUAGCCACUGUGGGCAAACCGCUCAACAAUCGCGAUCAUGUAGUAAUAGAGAACUUCAUCAGACCAUCAGGGAAGAUCGCCAACUAUUGUUCCUGCUGUGACAUGACCCUGAAGGGUCCGAGGCAGGUUCUGUUCAACCAUAUUCGCCAGAAGAAGCAUUUACGCAACGCCGCUCCACAUAAGCUGACCAUGCUCUACAAAAACCAUUGUCGACCCGCCGAGUACUUCGCCAGCUUCGGCAACCACUACAUAUGUACAAUCUGCCCGGAGUAUGUUGCCUUGCCAUCGUUUGCUGCUAUUGUUGAGCAUUUUGAAAGCAAUUUGCAUGUGGAGACCAUAGCUAAGCUGAUCCGUUCAGCGUUGUACCCAGAUGUGGAUGAAGGUCUAUUGUUGAUGAACAAGAUUGUGUCGGGGGAAACCUUGAAAUGCGAAUACUGUGAUGUCUCUUUCAAGGAUAUCAAUGAAGCCAUCAAGCAUAUCCUGUCCAGUGUUGAGCAUCAGACUGCUGUGGGUGAUGCAAAGAUUAAAUCCAACAAGGCGGACAUCAUUAAUGUAUAUAUGCAUGGGAACUAUAUCCUGCACAGUGAGGGCACAUCAUUCACAUGUGAAGCAUGCAAGAAUGUGUUCAAUUCGAUCAGUAGAGUGAGUUAUGGAUGUAUGCCGCACAGUGUACGAAGUUGA